GCCUUCUGGGCCGUGUCUUUACAAGAUGGGUGACCCCAGCCAUUAUCAACACUCUUCAAAGGGUCAGUGGUCACAUAACCAGGACUUGUGAAUGUGCAUCAGCUGCUCAUACGACCGUCCACCACCUGCUCCCGAGUCUUCUCUCUCUCCCCCUCCCCUACGUCUGUCAUUCUCUCUCUCCUGCCUUCACUACCUCUCCCUCUCCCUCUCCGUGGCCACUUUCUCUUCGGACCGGGCCCCCGCCGUCAGCGGAACUUUGCUCGUUUGGGGUGGGCGAGCGGGAGAGUAAGAAGCCCCGCUGCGUUGCUCGAGCCGAUUCAACAGCAGGAAAGGCUCCGACGGCCGCCCCUCUUCCUGGGGAGAACACACACACACCUCUGCCUGCGAGGCAGCUGAGACCAGAAACCCUUCCAUCUCCGGCUCCGCACUCCGCACCCAGCCAGCGCCGCCUGAUUGACAUCGCCCGCAGCCAAUCACCGGGCCAGGUGGCGGAAUCCAAACCCGGUGAUGUCAGAAGCCUAAUCAUCUGCCGUGGAGAAGUGACAAGAGAGAGGGGGAAUACAAUUUAAUGUCGCAAUGGCUCUCAGAUGACGGAGCAUGUGCGUACACAGAGACGUCCGAGAGAGCCAGGAUUUAAGGGUGCUUGCCUGACCCUAGGGAGAGGCUGCCAGUUUACACUAUGUGUGGAGGACUGAAUGUCAGAAUUCAUCCAAGCCUUGGGGUUAUAACUGGAGUCUCCGAAAGUGCUACCGUUCCACGGGGCUACAGAAACUGCCACUUUAUGGAACUUUAAAGAUAACAGGGGCCUCAAUAAAGGACUGCUGGGAUUAUCUUAACCCGGGUAAAAAGCCCAAAGGAUACACAGGCAAGUUGUCGCUGAUCUUCACCAGUGCCAUCUAAAAAACAGUACGCCGCCCACCUCCUCCUCACUCCAUCCCGAAAAGGCAGGGGGAAGCCUCAGCCUCGGCCAGAACAACCGGCUGAACACCAAGUAAGAGGACUUCAAGGAGACGCUUGGCCCGAGCUUUCAACGUUUCCUGGCGUGACGAUGGUGCGGGAUCGUAGGAAAGUGGAGGCUCGGCCCACUUCGUCUGACCAGGAUGCCGAUUUGUAAUGGGAAGGGCAGCACUGAAGAGAACAAACAGUAUUCCCCAGGCUCGCUGUACAAUUAGUCGGCCGAGGGCUGUGUCGGAUCCUCGGCCCAGGAGUGGACCCUGUGAGGGAACGGAACUUUAAACAGCGGCGGGCGAUCGGACACCCGGCAGAGCUUGGUGGAGGGGGGGGCCCCAGGGGACCCCCAGCAAGACUGCAUCCAGAGCAGAACCGGUGGCGAGGGGGCACACCGGCUGGCCGAUGGGAGGAGGAGGCCAGGCUUGAGACCCCCAUCAUUGGAGAGAGCCGACCACUGUUGUGCACCCCCCCCCACCCCCACCAUUCCUUCCCACCCAAACUCCACCCCUGCAAGAUGGAGCCCAGACCGGUCACUCUGGGCCCUGCCCAGCUGCAGGAACCUGGAGGAGCUGGGCAAGGCGGCAGGGAAUGGGCUCCCAUUGCCAGCGAGCUGCCGAGGAGGCAGGCGGAGGCCACGCAGAAUUAUUACCGGGCUCUUCCUUCCGAGGCUCCUCCGCCUCCUCCCCCUCCACUUCCUCACCCUGACCCUGCCCGCCGCCAGCACCUCCUGACCAGCCCCUACCAUUACACCCAGCCCCCGUACCCGGCCUUCCCCAGGCAACCGCCCUAUCAGGUAUCCAGUGAGGCUGAGGCAAGGGGCCCUGAGGGAGGGUCCUGGCAAUUGAGCGCUCAGCCAGAGCUGGGCGGGUGUGGCGAGCCCUUCCUGGGCUCCCAGCCCAGGAAGGUAGGCAGCACCCCACCCUCUGCCACUGGUUAUCGCCACCCACAGCUUGGCGCCCGGGAGGAGCGCAAGGCCCGUAAGCCAGGCCGGCACAUCUGCCAGUACUGCGGGCGGGCCUGUGCCAAGCCUAGCGUUCUCAAGAAACACAUCCGCUCGCACACGGGCGAGAGGCCGUACCCCUGUGGCCCUUGUGGUUUCUCCUUCAAGACCAAGAGCAACCUCUACAAACACCGCAAAUCGCACGCCCACGCCGUCAAGGCCGGCCUGGCCCCCGCUGUUUCGGCCGAGCCAGCUGCCCUGCCUGGCGAGGAUGCCGAGCCGCCACCCUCCGACGGAGAUGAGAGCACUGACACGGACGAGGAGGUGCGGCUGGGGAGCAGGCCUUCAACACAGGAUGAGGCGGAGCCCCCAGGGCGCGGCAUGGGAUUCAUUCUCGCCGACGAGGAGACAUACCCAAAGGCCAGGCCGGGGGGUCCAAUGCCACCAGCCGAGGGAGAGCCCCUUCCCCAUCCCAUUCCCCCUCCCAUGAAGGUUCCCAUCCUCAUCGUGCCCCGGGCCCAGGGAGCCGGCACCCAGUCCGAGGCUCCGCCCCCAGUCAAGGCCGAGCCGGCCUGCCACAGCCCCGGAGGGCUGGGCCGCAGCUACAGCGGGCAGCGGGCCGUCAAGCAGAAGCUGGCGCUCAGGCUGAGUGAGAAGCGGGGCGGCCGGGACAGCGAGCAGUCGCUUCACCUGCUCAGCCCACACAGCAAGGGCAGCACCGACUCGGGUUACUUCUCACGCUCCGAGAGCGCUGAGCAACAGGCCAGCCCACCUGACACCGAGGCCGCCAAGUCCUAUGCUGAGAUCAUCUUCGGCAAGUUUGCUCGCCUGGCUCCCAGGUCCGUGGUGGUGAACGAGGCCUCCCUGGAGUCUCGGGUGGUGGCAGGGGCCAAAGAGGCGGGGCCCGAAUUUGAGAGGCUGAUCGAGGAAAACAUCAUGCGCUUUGUGACCCCCGAGGGGGUGCUGAGGGAGCCAGCUCUGCCCGACAGCGGGAAAAGCCGGCCUUACUUCCUGCCCAGUGAGGGAGAAGGCAGAGACCUGCCCCGGUCAGACAAGGCCCAGUCCUGCUUGUUGGGUGUCCCUAGUGGAGACGGCUCCCAGCUCACCAGGAGCAACUCCAUGCCCGUCACCACAGGCAGUGGCCUGGCCGUGCCUCAGCUCCUGCGGGGUAGCCACUCCUUCGACGAGAGGCUGACCUCCUGCGAUGGCGUCCUCCCGCCUGGCUCCCACCAGCGGCUGCUCAAGAGACAGAUUGCCAUUGAGCUGGUACCCGGCCUGGAGGCGCCAUCACCACCCGACGAGGCCGAGGCCACCCGCCCUCGCGGAAGGCCGGUCCCCGGGCUGGAGGAAGGGGAAGCCAGUGAGGCCGAAGCCCGGAGGGUAGUGCUUCCACGGGCUCAGGGACAGAGUCCAGCCUUUGAAUGCGAGGCCUGUGGCAUCAAAUACCAAUUCUGGGACAACUUUGAGGCCCACCGCACCUUCUACUGUGCGCCCAAGCCCAGAGCUGGCCCAGAGAUUGCAGUAUUCUCCCAGGCCUCGCCCCAAAGGCCUGGUAGCCAGGGUCCUGACACCUUGCCCUUCCGCAAGCGCAGGAAAGAGAAGAGCGUGGGUGAUGAAGAGGAAGUCACUGGCAUUGGUGACGAUGGCGGCAGCCCAUACGGUGGCUCCAGUACCUCAUUGGCCUCCCUGUGUGACUCCAGGGCUGAGAGCCUGGAGCAGGAGCCCGGGGCUCGGGCCACUCCUCAGGCCUCACAGACUCACAGGCCACAGGCCCAGCCCAGUCAAGAAGAGUGGGAUGUCCCAGGUCCUGACGAGGGCCCUGAAGCCUGGCCCCCCUCACCCCAAACCUGCCGUCGGCCUGGCGGCAAUGAGAUUUCCGUCAUCCAGCACACCAAUUCCCUCAGCCGGCCCAGCUCCUUCGAACACUCUGAAUCCAUGGAGGUGACCCCAGCCGGUGACGCCUCACCCUCCGAGGUGCAAGAGGGACCACCAGCCGAGUUCUCUGAGACCUCCAUCGCCCUCCCACCGGCGGGCCUCGCUUCAGCCUCAGGCCCAUCCCCUCAGCCCAAGCUGGUGCGCCAGCGCAACAUCCAGGUGCCCGAGAUCCGGGUGACGGAGGAGCCCGACCGGCCCGAACGAGAGCGGGAGAGGGAGCGGGAGCUCCCAGCCAGGGAGCCCGACCGGGUGGUUGAGGAGUUCCAAUGGCCGCAGCGCAGUGAGACUUUGUGCCAGCUGCCUGCCGAGAAGCUGCCUCCCAAGAAGAAGAGGCUGCGGCUGGCUGAGCUCGAGUACUCAUCCGGCGACUCCUCCAGCCUUGAUUCAGGGCCGCCGAGCCGCAGCCCCAGCCAGGAGAGCAACUGGUCUCACGGCUCUGGCCUGUCGCUGUCACUGGAGCGCGAGGAGGUGGCCGGCGCGGGGUCCAGGGCCGAUUACCUGACGGUGCCCCCGACUGGCUCGGCCGGGCCUCAGCUCAAGGAAAUGAGGCGCUCAGCCUCAGAACAGUCGCCCUGCCUGCCCUGCCCAGAGGGGGCAGAGACCCGGAGCAAGUCCUUCGACUAUGGCAGCCUGUCAGCUUCCUCCAACUCCUCGCCUCCUCCGCCUCCCAUCCUGCCACCAUCCCAAGCCACAGAAAGACGGAGAUGCUUCCUGGUGCGUCAAGCCACACUCGGCCUGGGAUCCGAGAGCCCACAGGGCCCCGAAGCACCCGAGACAAUGCAGCUGUGCCAGGCCUACCCUCGGCUCCGUUCGCCGUCGCCAGGGCGACGGUCGCCUGGCUUCGAGGCCUGCACCCAGCUCCAGGCCAAGCUCCCCAACCACACCCAUCCCUUCUACCAGGGGGAUGUGCAAGCCUUCAAGGCCCAUCCCUUCCGUGUCACAGUGCCCGAUGCCAUUGCCCCGGAGCCUGAGGCCUGGCCUUCUGAGGGGAGGCCUGGGGCCCGUCCUGGAUCCUGGGGGCGGCCAACCUCUCCCUGGGCCUCCCCUCAGCACUCACCAAGCCGGGCGAGUGGGCCUGGCCCCGCUCUGGCCUCCCUCUCCGCCAUUGCCACCCCUCCGACCCAGCUGCUUGUCCCGGUCCGGAUCCAGGCCCAUGUGCCCAGCUAUGGCAGCGUCACCUACACCAGUGUUUGCCACUCGCCGGCUCCCGGCCGCCGCCACCUCCAGCCCGUUGGCCCAACUCCACGUGUGGACUCACCGCCACCUGCGCAGCGCACUCCGUUCCUGCCUUGGCGCCUCUCCUCAUCCCUCUCCUCCUCCUCUUCCUCCUCCUCGUUCUCUUCAUUUUCCGGGCCUGGGCUGCCCGAGGGCUGCUCUCCGGCAGCAGCCGCUGCCACUGCUGGUAGCAGCAGCAAGCGGGUCCUCUCUCCGGCCAGCAGCCUGGAGCUGGUGCUGGAGAACCAGCAGCAGAAGCGAGUGAAGGAAGAGAGGAUCUGUGGCCAGAUGAUGGAGAAACUCAGCCUGAGGGAGUCCUCCCCCUCCUCCUCCCCCUCUCCCGCCUCCCCUUCCCCCUCCUCCUCCCCUUGUACCAAGCCCAGCAAGCCACAGCUGGUGAGGCAGCGGUGUACCACGGAACUAAAGGAGGGGAGAACCUCCUCACCCUCUUCCUCGCAAGAGGCCCGGCCUGGUACCCUUUCUGAGGUGGAGAUGGCCACCGGGGAGAGCCCGCUGGUCCCGUCGCCCGAGCCUGCCUCCUCCUCCUCCGCUGCUCGCCGUUUCCCAGUCAGGAUGGCAGUGCGGGCUCCUGGGGCCUCCCCGCUGCUGGCUGAGGCCUCCGAUCCACUGCCGCCCCAGCAACAGCACCUCCUCGCCACGCCGCCGCCCUUCCCCAGCCUGCGCAGCCCGGCCACCAUUAGCUGGUGCUUCCUUAGCCACGCCCGGCCUAGUCACGCCCGCCACGCCUCCCCUGGCUCCUCCGUCUACGCCGUCUGGUGCGUUGGCUCCUACAACCCCAACCCGCCCGGCACCCCCACCAAGGUGGCUCUCGCGCUGCUGUGCUCCAAGCAGAAGUCUCGGCCCGAAAUCUACGUCACUGCGGCAGCCGGCUGGCCCAGCUCCGGCAAAUUGGUGGCCUCCAGCAGCUGGAAGCAGCACCUGGCACAGAUUAAAUGGUACGAAUCCUCGCAGCAAGGGAGUGACAGAAACGGAAGGAAAACAACAGCAAGUUUGGAAAAGGAGAGAGAGAAAAUGGAGGCGUGUGCCACCAAAGACCACGGAACCAAGAUUGAACCCACAAGAAUUAAAAUCUUCGAUGGAGGCUACAAGUCGAAUGAAGAUUAUGUUUACGUGAGGGGACGAGGCAGGGGGAAGUAUAUCUGUGAGGAAUGUGGAAUUCGGUGUAAAAAGCCAAGCAUGCUGAAGAAACACAUCCGUACACACACGGACCACCGGCCGUUCAUGUGCAAGUUCUGUAACUUUGCCUUCAAAACUAAAGGAAACUUAACAAAACACAUGAAAUCGAAGGCUCACACCAAGAAGUGUUUGGAACUGGGUAUAACGAUAACAUGCAUGUACAGCACCGACACAGAGGAAACAGGAAUGCCAGAUGAGACAGAGAAGGACACCUUGAGUGAAGUGCCGGUGCGUCACCAGUUCUCCGAUCCCGAGGACACCGAUGGAGCCGAGGAGGAGGGAGAUGAAGAUGAAGAUGAUGACGACGACGAUGAAGAUGACCGGCAAGGCGACAGCACGCCGACCACAAGAUCUCGGAGCAGCAGCCCCUCAACCCGUAGUUCCAAGCCUGCCUCUGGCACGUUUAGCAUUGCCUCAGUCUCCACAUUUGAUGUCAGCCACUCAAACAAUCAGUCUUCCCUCAUGAGUUACCUCGCCUCAGUACCGAGGAUCCAAGUGACUCAGCUAGUGCCCACCACUUAUUCUCAAGCGGGAUCUCCGGUGAUGGAUUACCAGAGACAUUUGCACAACAGAUUGAUGGAUUCGAUGGAGUAUAGAGAUAGAUUGGACAUCCCUUCCACAACUGGCCUUUGGAUGGCACAGACCGAAGAUGGGUCUUCGCGAGAGGACAGCUCCAGAGAGAUGUCCCCCUCAGGAGAUACCAGCUCGAGCACUCUACCCUCGCCAGCGUACGAGGGAUCACCGGGCAGGGAGGUGUCACCGACGUCUCGCAGGUACCUGUCUCCGAGAAGAGACCUCUCACCCAGGCCGCACUUGUCUCCGAGACGAGAGAUCUCGCCUCUGAGGCACCGGUCUCCAAAGAGGGAGACCCACCUGACCGAGUGGUCUCCGAAGAGAGAUGCCUCCCCGGGCCGACACUUCCUCCCGAGGAGAGAGAUUUUGUCGCCAAGGCAGGUCUCGCCCGCGAAGGAUGUCUCCCCAAGAAGAGAGCUCUCCCCCAGGAGGGAUUACAAGGAACGGAGGCACAUGCCAUUGAUUAGGGGAACUUCGCCACAGCGAGGUUCCUUCCAGAGUGAAUAUGUAAUGGGCCAGUAUAUGCAGAAUUCAGAGAUGAACCUGAGACAAUCCCGGCAGAAUGUGUAUGAUGGGAGCAGGCCACCGCCAUGGCCCUGGUUCGCCACGGAGAACGCCCAGCGAGACCCGAACCACUCCCUCCACCCCGAGCCCCAGCCAGGCUGCCUCUUCACCCACUUGCCCCUGCACUCCCAGCAGCAAGCCAGGGCCCCCUACCACAUGAUCCCGAUCGGGGGCAUCCAGAUGGUCCAGUCGGCAGCCCCGGCCUUCCCAGGGAUCCCGCCGGCACCCCGGCCCUCCCGGCGUGGAAGGCGGAGGGAGGAGAGCGGCAUCGACGAGGCCACCCACUGCGUGAUCGAGAGCAUCAAGGGGAUGGACAUCAUCUCCAAGGCGGAGGAGGGGCCGGCGCCCUCCCCGAUGGCCGUCUCUCCGCCCGGCUCCAGCACCCCUGAGGGGCCGCCCCUGCCUGCAGAGAGGGAGGCCAGUGAAGAGGGGUGCGCCCUGGAAGACCAGGCUCCUUCCAGCCUCCUGAACCCUGCCCGGCUGUUUGCGCCACGCCCCCAGGCGGACUAGGCACGGGGGGGGGGGGGGCUCCGUCAACCUGAGGUGAGCGGUGAACAGAUCGGUGGGUCUCACUCCCUCCCGUCCUGCAGAAUCGACCUCCUCCUGGUUGCCGACACGCCGAGGAGUCCCUCUGAGACGAGGAGCCCGCCGGACAAUAGACGUUGGAACUCAGAACCCAUGACAAUGGCAUGAAAGGGUUUUUGGGGAUGGUGGCCGGUGAGGAGGGUUGGCGGGCACUCACCUCAGUCACUUCGACCUCUGUUCAUGAUCCGCCCCGACCUCGCAAAAAAAAAACUUGGUGGAGAUAUUUUCUGUUUGUUUCAAAACAAAAAAAAAUCCUGACCAAAAUUAACUCGCAAGCUUACUUUUAUUGUCCUGUCAUGUAUUUUUCUUCAAUGUUGCAAAUAUUUCGUGCCUUUUAUUGAUGCUUGUAUCUGUAUGCAAAUUGACAGAAAGGGAGAAUUUGUACAUAUUUUAAACAUUGUGUACCUGCUUAAGAAUUGUACUGUUUUCUCUUUGGAGCACUUGGUGGGGUUCGGGGUGGCUGGGCGUGGGUCUUGUCUUAAAUAAUGUGAAUGAUUUAUCUGAAACGGUAUAUUUUUGUUUCCUCUGGGUCAGAGGUGAGUGGGUUGGGAUAUCGUUACACACGUGAGCUUGCACUAAUAAGGUAUUUUUAUACAAUUGAACUACUCUUGUGUACAGCAAAAAUGAUUCUGUGAUACUAAUAUUUAUUAUUUUCGUUUUAUAAAUUGCAAAUGCAUUUUCCCCUUUCCCCUCACCCUGCCCCUAUUGGUGUAGACGCCUCUCAUAUGAAGCAUGAGAAUUGUAUGCUGUAGUAAUCUUGCUGCUAAGGUCUUGAAAUGUGAGCACCGCCAUUGUACCCAGAGCCAUCAAUCACUUCACAGUCUAAUUCAUUGCAUUGUCCUGAACACCCAUCCAAUUUCCUUUAGAUAUUGAUACCAGGUGAGAUGAUGAGAGGGAGAGAAACAGUCUCCAAACCAAAUCUGAUCCCUUUGAAGGUGAUGGAUUCAGUAACACCUGGGCAAGAGUUUCUGCAGAUGUAGAAAUCCAGAAUAACGCACGCGCACGCACGCACACACAGUGCUGGAGGAGCUCAACAGGUCAGGCAACAUCUAUGAAGGGGAAUAAACAGUCAGCAUUUUGGGCCAAGACUCUUCAAAAGGACCCAGUCAGUUAGGCUGGAAGAGCAACACCUCAUAUUCCAUCUGGGUAGCCUCCAACCUGAUGGCAUGAAUGUUGAUUUCUCUAGCUUUUGGUAAUUUCUCUCUCCUCCCCCAUUUCUCUAGUCCCAUUCCCUAUAUUUUCUCCUCUCCCUUCCUUGCACAGUCCACUAUCCUCUCCUCCUUCUUCAGCCUUGUACCUCUUCCACCUUCCACCUCCCAGCUUCUCCAUUCAUACUUCCUCCACCACCCAACCUUCCUCCUCACCUGGCCUCACCUAUCACCUGCCAGCUUGUACUCCAGCCCCUCCCCCCCACUCUCUUAUAUCUGGCUUCUUCCCCCUUCCUUUCCAGUCCUGAUAAAGCGUCUUGGCCUGAAAAUGUUUGCUCCUCUCCAUACCUUCUGAGUUCCUUCACCAUUUUUGUGUCAGUUACUCUAGUGUAUAUCUCUAUGUUCCCAGCUCUCUCUCUUUCUUCCUGUCUCUAUUUCUUGCCCCGUCAUCUGUAUCAUAAUGCUUCUAUGCCAGAGAGUCCAGAUCCUCUUGUACAGCUGCCUUCAGGGACUAGGUGCUACAGGGUAGUCUCUGUAAGACCACCAAGACAGUUCUUCCCAACAUGAGCUUUGCUUCCAACCCUCCUCGUCCUUGGAGCUUUAGCGGGCUGCCCGAGAUAGGAUGAAGGACACCUUUCUCUCCCUGCCUCCAGAAACCCACUGGAGAGCCAGAUCAUUAAUCUGUUGGAUGCACGGUAGCAUAGUGGACAGCACCACGCUUUACACAGUUCAAUUCCCACCACUGUCUGUAAGGAGUUUGUAUUGUACCUUGUGUGGGCUUCCCCGUUCUGCUCUGGUUUCCUCCCACACCCCAAAAAUGAAAGAGUCAGAAGGUUAAUUGGUCACAUGGGUGUAAUUGGAUAGAGCAGGCUUUUUGCUGGAAGGACCUGUUAGCGUGCUGUAUCUCUAAAUAUCAAAAAAUAUACAUUUAAUGUCUGAGCUAUAAUAAAUGCACUCACAGAUUCUGCUCCAGAUAGGAGACCUUGGAAAUAUAUCCCUGCUCCUUCAUCAUGAUUAGUGGGCCUAAAUCCUGGAAUUCCAUCUCCCCGUCCAAGUCACAAUACUAUCUGGACUUUCUAUUGUCUUCAAAGUUCAAGUUCAAAGUAUAUUUAUUAUCAAAGUACGGAUAUGUCACCGUAUACUAUCCUGAGAUUCAUUUUCUGCAGUCACGCUAGAUACAAAGAAACACAAAAGAAUCAAUUGAAAAGCACGCACAAAGACGGGCAGACAACCAUUGUGCAAAAGAAGACAAACUGUGCAAAUACUAAAAAAAAACAAAUAAUAAUAGUAAGUAAUAUUGAGAAUGUGAGAAGCAUUGACUCUCCUUCAUCUUCCUGGGGUCAAAAUCCUGGAACACCCUCACUAUCUGCUCCUUCAUCGGAAGGGUCACAGCGCUUCGGGAAGGAGGCUCACCCCCACCUUCUGGGGAUGGGGGGUGGAGGUCAAUUAGGGAUUGGAGACAUAUUCAGGCCUUGAUGGCAACAAGCAUAUCCAUGGAAAUUGAAGAAAUGAAGAGAAAUAUAAUGCUCCCAUCCCCCAUGUCAUUUCCUCCUCCUGGUUUACCUGUCCUGCUCAGAGUUAAAUCCGAUUUUGACCGUGGUGAUUAGAACACACAAAAAAUGGUUUGAUACGGCUCCUUUUAUAAUGACUCAUCCGGGGCAUAAUUUCGUUGCUGAAGUUGGGGUCAAGAUGGUGAUGCCUACUACUUUUUUUAUAUAUUGAAAGAAAAUAAAGUACAGUGAUUAUGCACUUAAAAAAAUUGAAAACUGAUCUUGCGUAUGAUGUAAUCAUUUGAGUUAAAUUUUUAAUCCAGAUUGUUGCUGUAUUCAUUAUAAAUGAAGAGAUUAUUAGUGUUUUUUAAAUAUAGUACUGUUUAGCAUUAAAUAAAUUGUAUCUGGGAUAUGUGCAUCAUUUUAGAACUUUAAAUAUGAUGGUUUAAGACAAAAAAUCACUUUAAGAGGUAUUUUAAACUUAUAAGUGAAUAUGUUUUUUUGUGUAUGUGCUUGAUAUAUUAGCAAAGACAGAAAAGAAUACAUUCCAAAAAUUUGUACAUAUUGUAUAUUUAAAGUGAGCUGUCUGUGCAUUUUCUGUGUAAACUGACACUGUCGCCAUGUUUUCCUGUUAUUACACUUUAUUGUACAGUAAAGACAUUAACAAAGAGCUUGAUUAAAAGCACAGAACUGUCAUUAAAAGAAAUAUACAAGGAGAUGUCUGGGGGAGAAA